GAGUUGAACUGGCAGAUAAUAAUAUUUACAUAUAUUAUAAUUAAAUUCUAUUGUAUCAUUGCUGUGGUUUGCCUGCCCGCCCACCGCCCUCUCUUCCUCCGUCUGCAACCAACUUCCAUCUUCUACUCUUAUUACUGUUUCUUCUCUUCAACGUCUCCUUCACCAACUGUUCUUCUAUACUGGCUAUUUCUAUUUGCUCCACGAAUCGACUAAUUUGAUUGUAUCUGCUCGACUCUCCAGAUUCUUCAAUCAUCCUUUCUCUCCCUCUUCGUCUGGCAGGGAUCUCUGUCGCCCAACUGUCUCUCUUCCCCGCUUCUCGACCAUUGGCUCUGUCCAGAGAACUUUACUACUGCAACCACCACGGGCUUAUAUCGCUUCAUCUUAACUCUAUUCCCUUAGCCUUUUAUCUGCGAAAAACCGUUCAGUCUCGUUUCAGUCGCCCAAAAUGAAUCCUCACCAACAGAACAAGGUUGACAUAAGCUCCCUCAACCCAGAUGAGCAGCGUCUGCUGCGUCUCUAUGGCAAAAUGCCAAACAAAAAGGAUCUUCUCCAGAACAAACUCAAGGAACGAAAAUAUUUCGAUUCAGGUGACUACGCCCUCAGCAAGGCCGGAAAAGCCUCAGACGUCGGUGUCACCAACAUUGGCUCUCAGCACCCCGUCCCCGAAAACAUUCCGCACCUGACGGCCACUUCACCCGGCGCCAAUAACCCUGCUGCCGCCAGCAACGGCGGUAGUGCCAGCUCCCAGGGCCAACAGGUCCCGGGAAGCAGCAUCAGCGGCCACCCCGGCUCCAUUGGGUUUCAAGGCAGAAAUCCUGCUAAGGAAGGCAGCUUCUUACAACAGGAAACCAGCGCAGAGGAUUCCGAGGGUGCCAGGGACUCCGCAGCCGUAAAGGACAAGGAUGCACAUGAAUCUAGUGUCAGUCCACCGCCAGCACGAGAGGGUGUGCCCAUCAAGCAAUAGUGAUACUCUUCUCCGUUUCUUUCUUGUUUCUUCUUGCCGGGCUGGUCUUCUCUUUUGCUUUUUCCCUCGCUCCCAUUAAUUGCUCAUGCAGUGAUUUGUGGU